ACCCAUUUUCCCUUUGGCUACAACGACAUGCCGUCAGUUUUCCAAUUCCUCGGCUGACCGGUGACUGUGAGCACACACCAGCCAUCGCCUCCCCACCUCCACAGCGUUAAUCCUCAAUCCUUUCCACCCGCACCCUUCAACCUUGAAAGCACCUUACCCAAAAAAAUCCAUGGCUGCCAAGAUCACCUCAUGCUUUGCUUUCAAGGAAGCGCUGAUCCUGCCCACGCUAAACCCCAAGCUGUUCGCACCCGUGCUCCUCCUCUUUGCCGUCACCGCCUUCCUUGACUCCUUGGAAGAUGUCGUGUUCGUCCAGCCUCUCGUCGACGACAUGGGCAGCCGUCUCAUCACGGUCAACAGCACCGACCCCUUGGGCGCCGAGUACACCAAGCUCACGGAGGAGACAGAGCCAGGCGGUACAGAGCUCCUCCUCAUCGCCGUCUCCGAGGUGAUCGUCGCCCUGGCGGUCGGCUUCGUCAAGAAGAUCCUCGCCCUCUUCGCGGCCUCCACGACCUACUCCGGUGGCCGCUACUCGCUAGCAGCGCUCCUGCGUGAGCUGGUCAACGGGAGGAUAAGCCUGAAGGGUCCUUCCAUCACCAUCGCCGUCGUCGACGCGUUUGACUUCGCAUCGGCGGUCCUGGCCGCGCUGAUUCCCACUCCCGCCCUGAUGGGCGGGCUCUCGAGGGUGCUCUCCGUCCAGGGUCUCGUCUCCCACCUCGCGAACCACGUCUCCCUCUGCUUCACCGUCGUCGCGCUGGUGGGCGUCGCCGUGUCGGCGGUCGACCGGAGGUGCCGCGGCAUGCGCGCGCUCCGGCAGGCGUGGCGGCUCGUGACGCGUGUGAGGAAGAAGCAGGGAUUCGUGCUGGUGCUCGUGGCAUACCUCGGGCCUACCGUUGUGGCUCCGCUGCACGGGUUCGCUCUUGGGUAUGCCAAGAGGAGCACGGCGGAGUGCUUGUGCUUGCUGGCGGUGCAUGCUCUUCUGUCUGGCGCACAGGAGCUCUUCUCCUUGGCGGCGGCCACGGUGUACUACUACCAAGCCAUGGAGAGCAAGGAGGUGAUCGAUGCCUUGUGGUUAUGCUAAGAUAGUAAGACUCCUUCCGGGGAAGGAAAUGCAACUCACGGCACAAACCGCGCCACAACACAUUCGCUCCACGUCCUCAUUUCAUGCACCACAUUCGCUAUGCCCGCGAGCGGUAAUGUGUUGUAGGAGAGCCUCUCGAUGGAGUAGAAGCACAAGGUGUCCGCCCUUGCGGCCAGUUGGCAGCGCCGCCGUGCGAUUGCGCUAAAUCAGGAACAAAUGGGGCCACAACGAGAAGCAAUUGGUUUGUCUCGCUA